CAUGUCACACCUCCAAUACUUCAACUACCCCGGAUUCGGCGAACGCUCGCGAAAAGACGUUCAUUACAGCCAAGCAGUACGAGUUGAUAACCGCAUCGAGAUAUCAGGACAAGGCGGCUGGGAUCCGACAACCGAAGCAAUCCCGACCACCCUCUCCGCUGAACUCGAACAAGCCUUCUCGAAUGUCGCGCUUGCGCUCACGACCGCGGGUGGAAAAGGCUGGGAGCAAGUGUAUAAAGUGCGCAUGUAUAUUGUGGUGAAUGAAGGCGAUAGUAAGGAGUGGGGAGAGGCGUUGGGAUUGGCGGCGGAGGCUUUGAGAAGGUGGUGUCCGGACCAUGCGCCGAUUCUCACGGGGGUGGGGGUGAAGGGGUUGGCGCUUGAGGGUAUGAGGGUUGAAAUUGAAGCGGUGGCGCAUCUAGGGUGAUUUGAAGCGCCGACGU